AUGGCGACAGCAUUGAUGAACGGGAUGCAUACAGCAGGCAUCUACUCGGAUAUGACGGUCGAUGGUCCCGAGAUUGGCACCUUGGUGGCUAUUGUCGAUCGUGCAAAGAACCUGCCCAAUGUUAAGCGCAUGGGCAAGCAAAAUCCAUACUGCGCCGCCAGGCUAGGCAAGGAAGCNAAAAAGACAGAGACGGACAAACGAGGAGGCCAGACACCCAGAUGGGACCAAGAGCUUCGCUUUAUCGUUCACGAUUCCCCUGACUACCACAAUCUCAAAGUGUCCAUUUUCAACGAUGACAAGAAGACGGAUUUGAUUGGAGAGGCAUACAUCAGUCUGCAAGAUGUCUGCAUACCUGGUGGAGGAAAGCGUGAUGGGUGGCACGCUCUGAACUUCAAGGGCAAAUACGCAGGCGAGAUUAACCUGGAGUUGACAUACUAUGAUUCGCGACCACAACCCGAAAGCAAGAGGCGGGUGAGCGGCAUGAGUGCUGCUGACAACGCACAACGCAAAGCCGCGAUCAAGCGUCGUCCACUGCCUGCUGAACUGAAUGGUCCCCCACCACCAGGCUCAACCGUGCCAGACCAUGCAAGAGGCCCAAGACAAUUGCCAGGUCGACCAACAGAAGAUUGGACCCCUCAUGGCCUUCGCCCGCGUCCUCAACAUCACGCUCAAUCUGCCCCUGCCGUUCCGGAAGUACACCACUAUGACCCCGAUGAACUUGACUUGGAUUACCACCCUGGCUUCCACCAACCCGUCAUGCCCGAACUGCCCCAGCUUUCCCCCACUCGCAGACAUCGUGGAUCUGUGCCUUCUCAGCCCAGUAUCCCUCACGACUAUCCAAGCCACGAACAGUACGGCCAUGGCCGUUCUCACAGUAUUCCGACUCUCCCUCACUCUUCCUCAUCCCCUAGCGUCGUGCAGUCAGAUCAGGGAUGGCAAGAGCCUCUACCACGCUGCCUACAACCUACAGUAGAGGACAUUGACGAGUAUGGCUACGAAAGAGAACUGCCUCCUGUGCCUCCAUCACAUACUCGAAGUCCCUCGCACGCCAGAAGUCCAUCACACACAAGAAACGCUCGUUCGACAUCACGGGGACCACCACCGAGAAGCAUGUCUGUAGACGACUAUGCGCCUCCUCCAGCACCAAGCUCAUACUACGGUUCGUCACCCAAUUUCAGAGCUUCUUAUUCUGGGUUCCCUCCACCAGCUCCCUCUUCGGUCGCGGCCUCAUCGCAUUAUCGCAGUCACUCGCGCGUGGCUAGUCGCCAGAGCGUACCUGACGCAUAUGCCAUGACUCCACCACGAGCACACCCCUUGGCCAACCAGAUUCGCCGAUCCAUGAGCCCCGCACCUUCAGCAUACACCGAAGACUACGGACAGCACAGACGAUACAGCAACGAGCCUAGCCCAUUCAUGGCACGUCCUCCUUCCCGUAAUAACGUUUCUCCCCUGCCUUCGCGCAAUGUCUCUCCCUUGCCACCACGCAACAACAUUGAUGCCAUCCGUCAUCCUGUCCGUAGUUUCGCCAAUGGCAGCGCUUCUCCCUCGCCCACUCGCAAAGAGAUUCCACGACCUUCAACGUCCAACGGCAACUUCUUUUCUCCCGAUGACUUCGACUCUCUUAACCCCAAUGCUUCCUCGAACUCGCCCUUCGCCUCUGGUUCAAACCCGCACUCUCCUUAUCAUAUUCAGAACUCGCCUGGUGGCGACGAUGAGGAAGGCGCACGUCCUCUGCCGGAUCCCAAUGCCAAAAUUGUCGGCUUUGACGGCAGAGUGAUCGAUCCUAGCGACCAUUUGCCUGUACACAGCUGGGCACCUGAGCCGGAGAAGAAGACUCCAACCAAGAUUUAUGGCUCCCAUGGACAGGUACAUCCAAAUGGCUUAGCAGGACCCCGUGGGGCAGUCGGGAGUAGACCACCUUCUCGUGUGAAUUACGGCCGAGAUACUGUCGUCAAUGUUCGCACGAGGGGUUCACCACCGAAGCGCCCCAUGUCCUCCGCCNNCUCGCACCAUAGCCAUAUGACGGGCUCACCUGGUCCCCUCUCUGAAAUUGAUAUCCCUAACCCCUAUGCUGGACAUGCAGGUUACAGUUCUAAUUUUACGGACGGGCGCCCUGGUGUCUACGAGGGCCAUCACUCUGCGUAUUCAACCCCUCCCCACGCAGGCCAAGAAGCUCAUUACGGCGACAUGUUUGGCAAAUACACAGCUCCUAGUGGUGGAGACCAGUAUGGUUAUGAGAACCAGAUGGCUCAACAACAGGGACCGGUGUACGAGCAACAUGGCUACGGAGCUUCGGCAUUGAGCAAGGAAAUGGCCAAGAUUGACAUUGGAGGUUCAAGAAGGCCACUCAGCAGAGGCACUGUGAGAAGAGGUGCUUGGCCUUGA